UUUAUAGACGGUGAUUGGGCUGCUGGAAGUUGGGAGGGAUAAGGGACUGGAGGGAGUCAGAGAAAAAGCUGACCUAAUGCAACUGUGGCAACGUCAGCGCUUGAGGCUUGAAGAGGGAGACAAGCUAAAAGAGGAUAUCCAGUUGUUUCAUGAUGGCAUUUGCACCUCCGAAAAACAUAGAUGGUCCCAAAAUGCAGACAAAGAUGAGCACCUGGACACCCCUAAACCAUCAGCUAUUGAAUGACCGGGUAUUUGAAGAAAGAAGAGCCCUGCUUGGCAAAUGGUUUGACAAAUGGACAGACUCUCAAAGAAGAAGAAUCCUCACAGGUCUGUUGGAGCGCUGCUCGCUGUCUCAGCAAAAGUUCUGCUGUCGAAAGCUUCAAGAGAAAAUUCCAGCAGAAGCCCUGGACUUUACGACCAAGCUUCCAAGGGUGUUAUCUUUAUACAUCUUUUCUUUCCUGGACCCCCGGAGCCUUUGUCGUUGUGCACAGGUGUGCUGGCAUUGGAAGAACCUAGCUGAGCUGGACCAGCUCUGGAUGCUGAAAUGUUUACGGUUUAACUGGUACAUCAAUUUCUCUCCAACUCCCUUUGAACAGGGGAUCUGGAAGAAGCACUAUAUUCAAAUGGUGAAGGAACUUCAUGUUACCAAGCCUAAGACACCCCCAAAGGAUGGAUUUGUAAUCCCUGAUGUUCAACUAGUUACAAGCAAUUCUCCAGAGGAAAAACAGUCCCCUUUAUCAGCUUUUCGGUCCUCUUCCUCUUUAAGAAAGAAGAAUAACUCAGGGGAGAAAGCGCUUCCACCCUGGCGAUCUUCUGAUAAGCAUCCAACAGAUAUCAUUCGUUUUAAUUACCUAGACAACUGUGACCCCAUGGAGACUGUCUGGCAAGGAAGAAGAAAAAGAAACGAAAUGACCCCAGAUUUCAGCCGACAGUCACAUGAUAAGAAAAAUAAAUUGCAGGACAGAACUAGGCUAAGAAAAGCACAAUCAAUGGCGUUGACCAAAGCAGGGGCCCUCUGGAAGGUGUCCAGACAGGACUGAGCAGCUUUCUGGGCUCCUGAGCAGACAGGAGACAGCAGGGGUCCUUCUCCAGAAUUCCUAGAUGGAAAGUCCUUGAAGCAACUCCAUCCUGAGGAUUAAGCAUCCUAUAACCAGAUGCAGCUGGGACUGGGACUAGCAUCGGCCUCUUAGGCCUUCUUCUUAGAAGAAGGCCCCCCAGGGAGGACCUCCUCAGCCAUCUCCUCUGCACUCUGAGCCUUCGUCUCUACCCAUGACCUCAGCCCCCAACCUGUGCUUUAGGCAAUUUACAGGGGUGAGUUUAAACUGUGCUUGCACUGCUAAAACCAGCAACUUUUGAUUUUAUAUUUUUCAAACACAAUAAUCCAUAUUUAUAUACAAUAUUACCACAUCACUCUGAUAACAGCAGGAGGCAGCCAAAUGCCUGGACAGAUAGGGGUGGGUCCCUGGUGAAAUCCCACCGCCAACCUAUAGACAAGCCACGCUACGAGUCAAAUCCACAGACCAAUUGAGAAUCUGUCUUCCCAUUUGGCGUGCUUUCCCCUGAUUGAUCCCCACCCUUCACCUAUUUUACAUGUACCUACCCUUUCCUAAUCGGUUUUCUACACCGUUGUGCCCACCUUGGAAUGGUGUCUUUGUUUUAACCUUUUCUGUAUACUCACAAACCAAUCAGCAUGCACUCCCCAUUCUGAGUCCAUAAAAAGCCCUGACCCAGCCACAUGGGGAGAGAGAAACCACCCAACUGUGGGGGUGGGGAACUUCCUUACCCCUCUGCAUCCCCUCUUUGCUGAGAGCUGUUCUGUCCUCAAUAAAAUUAUCUGCCUUCAGGCCAGGCAUGGUGGCUCACGCCUA